AUGCUGCCCGCCGCGCUGCCCGCCGCCCGCCGGGCGCUGCUCCCGCGGCCCCCGCUGCUCCCGCUGCCGCUCCGGCCGCCGCCGCCGCGCCGCGGGGCCCCCGCCGGGCUGCGGGCGCUCGGCACCGGCCCAGCGCGGCGCUCGGAGGCGCUGGCCGGGGCGCCGCUGGACACGGCCGCCAAGGAGUACUCGCCCAAGGUGCGGCAGCUGGUGCGGGACAUCGCGGGGCUGACGCUGCUGGAGGUGGCCGAUCUCAACGCGCUGCUCAAGGAGACGCUGAAGAUCCCGGACGUGGGGGUGAUGCCCGCGGCCGCCGCCGCCUCCCUGCUGCCCGCCCAGGCGGCUCCGCAGGAGGAGGAGGAGGAGGUGGUCCCGCUCAAGAAGGAGAAAACUCAUUUCACCGUCCGGCUGACCGAGUUUAAAGCCGCUGACAAGGUGAAGCUGAUCAAGGAGGUGAAGAACUUCGUGCCCGGAGUGAACCUGGUGCAGGCAAAGAAGCUGGUGGAGUCCCUUCCGCAGGAGAUCAAGGCCAACGCCUCCAAGGAGGAAGCAGAGAAGAUCAAAGCAGCGCUGGAGGCAGCAGGAGGGACUGUUGUUCUGGAGUAGGCUCGCCGUGGAGGGACUGGUGCUGCAGCUGCUGCCCCGGCCGGGCUCUGGACCUUUCCGAGUGCACAGUGGGAGCACUGUCCCAGAGAAUGCUGUACGGUUGGGCAGAGCUGCUGCUUCUGCCAUCACCAUGAACUCUACCUUAUAAAUACCCAAAAAAACCUGUACAAUGA